AUGUGUAAUUUUAUAAAAAAGGGUAUUAGGUUUAAUGGAGAUAAAUAUAUUUUCCUUUUUGAUAUAUUUAUAAAGAAAUAUUUAUUAAAUGUAUUUAUAACAAAUAUAUUAUGGGAAGAAGAGAAUAAUAUAUGUUUUAUAAAUAGAUUAAAAAAUAAAAGAAAGAAAAGUAUUUUAUUUCUUAAAGAAGAAUAUUUACGAUAUUUAAUGAUAAUAAAUAAGGAAGAGAAGAAUAAAAAGAAACGAUUAAAAAAAAUAUAUGAAUGUAUAAAAGUAUUUUCUAUUAAAGAGUUUCGAUGGCUUAUCAAUAAGUUGGAAAUAAUAUAUUUUUAUUUUUUUUGUCAUUUAUUACUUUUAUGUAUUUUUCAAAAUAUUUUUUUACUUACAUACAUGAGUAAAGAAUAUUUUUUAAAAAACAUACAUGAUUAUAUGAUAAAUAUUUUAUCCAAUGAUAUUAAAUUUAAUACAUCAAUUGAAUAUACACAUAAUGAUAAGUAUGAACAAAAAUGUAUAACAAUGGCUUAUUAUGAUUUUCUUUUAAACAAGAAAGGAAAGUUAAAGAAGAGGAACAAAUAUGAUGAUAUAAAAAAUAUAGAACCUUUAUCAGAAAAGAAUAAGAAUUUGUAUUCCUAUUAUAAUUUUUCACCUGUUUUUCCUUCUAUGUCUUCAUCAGAUAUAAUAAAUGUUAAUAGAAAUGAUAAAAUAUCAAAUAUUUUAUGGAAUGAUAAAUAUAUUCAUCCAUUAAAUCAUGACAAUAGGAAAAAAAAGAAUAUCCCCCUAAAUAUUAAUAGAAAUAUUCUUAUGAAUAAUUAUACAUACAGAAAACAUAUUAGGAAUUAUAUGAUUAAAAAGAGAAUAAAUGAUAUGAUUUUAUAUAAUUUGAAGAAUAUAUUUGAAAAAAUAAAUAAUAUUGAGAAAUUAACAAAUAUAAAUAAUUUUAUGAAUUUUAAAAAGGAAUAUGAAAAGGUUUUCAAAGAAAUAUAUAAUAAUAGUAAUUAUGAUCCAAGUGACUAUAUGUUAUUAUUAUCUAAUAAUUCGAAGGAACAUACUUUAUAUAAUAAUAUAAAUAAUGAUGAAUAUAUGUAUAAAAAGUUUUGUAAUUUUAUUUCACAAGUAAAGGAAAUUAAAAAAGAAAGAGAACAAAAAGGAGAAAAGGAAAAAGAAAAUAAAAAAGGAAAAGAUAAUAACCAAGAAAAAAAUAAUAACCAAGAAAAAAAUAAUAACCAAGAAAAAGAUAAUAAAGAAGGAGAAAAAUACGAUGAAGAAGAUAAUUAUAUGGAUGUUAACGAGUGGAACCAUAAGAAAUUUGAACGUUAUAAUAAUAUUUAUCCGAGUGACCAUAAAUAUUUUUUAAGUGAGGAUAAAAACUAUGAAACUUCCUACUAUUCAAACAAUCCGAUUAAUUUUGAUAAGAGUGAUAUAUAUGAGAAUGAUAUGGAUGAAGGAUUAUAUUAUAGCUCAUAUUAUAAUAAUGAUAUAACAUAUAAUAGUACUGUUUAUAAAAGAAUGUUAAACGAAGUUGUCCAUCCAACUUUGGAGAGUAACGAUGUGAAGAAGACAUCAUUAAAUAAUGAUAAUAUAAAAAAUAAAGAAUCUAAUGUUUAUGAAAUUAAUGAUAUAAUAUAUCAAUUAAAUGGUGAUAAAAAAAUGAACACCAAUAUGUGUGAAAAAAGAGGAAAUAAAAUUUUUGAUUCAAAUAAUUUUAAUAAUAUUAAUGAAAAGAAGAAGAAAAUAUUAGAUGAAAAUGAAAUGAUAACAAUUGAUAAUAAUAUAGAUAAGAAAGAGAAUAUUUUAUUUCCGUAUGUUCAUAUGGAAAUAUUAAAAGAUAAUGAAAUGAAUAUAACAAAAUAUUAUAAAGAUAAACAUUAUUACGGUCAAUAUAAGUAUGAUGAAAAUAUAUAUAUAUAUGAUUUGAUUGUAUUAGAUACUUCUGGAUAUAUAUACAAAGUAUCGACAGAUGGGAAUUAUUACUGGAAACAAAAAAUUGUAGAUCAUAUACAAGACUAUUCAAAUAUUGAAGAAAAAGAUGAUGAACAGAAGGUAUUGAAAAAAAGAAAUAAAUUAAAAGAAAAUGACAUGCAUGAAAGUAAUAGUAAUAAUAAUAAUAAUAAGUAUGAAAAUAAUAACUACUAUAUGAAGGUAAAUGAUAAAAAUAAAUAUGAUAAUGAAAAUAAUUUAACUGUACAAAAUGACAUAAACAUUUCGGAUAGUACUAAAGUGCAUCCAAACAAUUACGUAUUAAAAAAAAAUGGUUAUGAUAUUAAUUAUGAUUCAAAAAGAGCGUUAAAAAUAUCUCCUUAUCAUGAUUAUUUUAAUACAUCCAUUAUAUAUGGUAUUAAUAAAGAUAAAUUAAAAGGAUCUAAACCUUUAUAUAGGAACAAUAUAAAAACAAAUGAUGAUAAUAAAAAAUUAAGAGAAAACAAAAUUAAAGGCAAAAGAUUAGUUUCAAAUUAUUUAGGUAAUUUAUUUUAUAUAAAUGAAAAUAAUGAAGUUAUACCAUUAAAUAUUAAUAUUAAAGAUGUUGUAAAUAAUUCUCCAUUUAAAUCCCCUUUGUUUCCAAAUAUGAUAUUUAUUGGUUCAAGAGAAUCGACUAUAAUUAAUUUAGAUUAUGACACCGGUAAGGUACUAAGAAAAUAUGAUGAAGCAUCUAAUGAAUUGCUAGACAAACAAAAAAGAAAAAAAUCCAGAAAAAAUAAAAUUAUAAAAAAUGUGAAACAUAUAAAUGAUGAUAUGAAUUCAUAUAAAGAAGAUAGUCCAAAUGUAGAGGACUUAUCCUUUAUAGAGGGUGGGAAGAAAAAGAAAAGUGUUUUAGAAAGUGAGAAAAUAGAAAUGGAAUCUUCAAAUAAUGAAGGGAAUAUGAAUAAAGGAUUUGUUUGUGAAAAGGAUGAUAAUAUAAAUAAUUAUGAUAAUGAUGAAGAUGAUGAAUUGUAUGAGCAAUAUGAAGACAACAAUGAUAAUAAUAAUAAUGAUAAUAUUUAUUAUGAUAAUAAUAAUAAUAAUAAUAGUUAUGAUUACAAUUAUUAUGAUCACAAUAUUAAUGGUAAUAUUAGUGAUGAUAUAUUAAUACAUUCAAAAAAUGAAUUAUUAAAUAAUACAUAUUCAAAUAAAACAAAUGUAAAGGAUGAAAACUCAAAUAAUAAUGAAUCAUUUCUCAAUAAUAUUGAUGGGAUGAAUAAUUGUAAAUUGUUACCAAAAAGAAAUAUGAAAAAAAAUAGAAAAAAGGAUCUAUUUAAAAGACUUGUGAUAAGUACAAAUAAAAUGAGCAUGUUAUUGAAUAGACAUCGCUUAUUUAAUCGUAGUUUAGAAAGGAUGAGAAGAAGUAUUAAAAGAGGAGAGAAUAAAAGAAUACUAAAGAAACGUCAAUUACAAAUAAGUUUAAUAAAAUGGGUAAUCAAAGCAGUAGAUGAGAAUACAUUAAAAAAGAAAUGGAUAACAACUUGGGUUGAUGUUGGAUCUAUAUUUAUGACAGAUGUAUAUAGUCACGAUGCGUCAUUUAUAAAUUCUUUAAUUGAAAUUGUUGAUAAUAAAUUAAUAUUAAGACCAAUAGAAAAGGACAAAAUGAAAAGUACUACAUAUCAAUCUUUAAAGAUUAUGAAUAAUGACACUGAUGAAAUGCAAAUGUAUGGAGAUAAGGAUAUGAAAUAUGAAGUUAUUAAUAAUGUGGAUAAUAUGAAUAAUAUAAACAAUAUGAAUAAUAUGAACAAUGUGAAUAAUAUAAACAAUAUGAAUAAUAUGAACAAUAUGAAUAAUAUGAAUAAUAUUCUCAAUGAUAGUUUAAAAAAUUCAAUUAAUAAUAAAGAUGAUUCAAACAUAAAAUCUAAAAUAUUUAUCUUUUCAGAAUCCAUAUCGUCCGUUUUUGCAGUAAAAUAUAAAAACAUAUCAAAUAUAUUCACAUUAGAUAUUAUAGCUAAACCAAAUAUAAAAUUAUACAGUGAUUAUGAUAAUUUGAAUAAUUUUACUUUUAAUCCUGUACAUGUAAAAAAAGAGAAGACACUCCUUUUGCCGUUUUCUAAGGACUUAUCUGAUUUAGAUGGAGAUAAAUUUUCUUGCAGUUUUGAAGAUAAUAUAAUAUAUGGUAAAAAAUUAAUACAUAGGUUAAAUAGUAUAUCUGUAAAUAUUUCGUCUAUAGAAAAAGAUAUGAAAUAUUUAUUAUCAAAUAUAAUAUAUGUAUAUGAUAAGAAUAAGAAGAUUCCAAUACGUUAUAUAUAUGAUAUGAAGAAUUUAAUAUAUGAAUAUCAAAAGGUUAAAAAAGAAUUUUUAUAUCAUUUACCUUGGGAUGAAGAAAAUCAGAAAUAUUUAAGUCAAACGGAUAAUGUAUUGAAUAAUAGUAUAGUAGAUAAUAGAGGAAGAAAAGGUCCAAUUUUUAUAUGUGAAUAUAUAAACAAAUUUAUGGAUUUAUAUUUUGAAGAAAAUGAUAUUUGUUAUGAUUAUUGUUCUAUGUUAAAUAUAUGGGAUAAAAUUUUUAAUAAUACAGUUAAUGAUGGAGAUAUUAUAUUAUUAUCAAAUUUGCAUCGUGUUGUUCAUAAUGCUUUUAAAAAUAAUAAUAAUAAUAAUAAUAAAUAUAAUAACAAUAUUAAUUUUGACAAUAAUAGAAAUUAUAAUUAUUAUUAUAGUAGUACUAGUACAAGUCGUAGAAAUAUUUAUAACAUUGAUAAUUAUUAUUAUAAUAUGAGAGAUUAUAAUACUUUGUGGGAAGACAGACAUAAUAUAUUAAUGAAUGGAGAAAACUUUUUAAUUAAUAGAAGUACUGAUAAGGUUUUUUCAAGUGGUAAAAAUAAUGAACUGAAAGAAUUUACAUCUAUUAGAUAUAAGAGAAGAAGAUGGUAUUGGAGAGUAUUUUAUACUAUUAUGUUCAUAAUUUUUUUCCCAGUAUUAUUUAUAUAUAGAAGAAUUAUUAAAAGAAGAAAAGGUACUAAAACUAAUAAAAUAGGUACAAGUAGUAAUAAUAAGUUGAUGAAAAGGAAUCGAACUUUUAAAGAUUAUGAAGAUGAUGAUGAUGAUGAUGAUAUUAACAAUAAUAAUAAUAUAAUUAGCGAAGAUGAAGAAGACGAUUUAGAUAUGAAUUAUGAUUUAAUAUUUGAUGAUGAUAGAUUAAAAGUUAAAAAAAUAAAACAAAUGAGAAAAAAUCACAAUAAUAAUAAUAAUAAUAAUAAUAGUAGUAGUAGUAGUAGGUUUAUAUCCAAAUUAAGAAAUAUAAAUUUACCUAAUAUCGAUUUAGAUUUAAUUAAAAAAAGUCAUGCGAAAAAAAUGGAUACUUUUGAACAGCCAACUCUUGUUGAUAUUUUAGCUAGACAUGCAAGAGAUACUACACAUAAUGAUGGUGGAUCUUAUUAUCCUUUUAAUGAAAAUCAAACGUAUAAUAUGUUAUCAUUAAAUUAUGGUUGGGGUGGUAAUAAUAAGCAUAUGAAUGUUGAAAGGCCGUCAGAAUAUAAUAUGGGUAAUAUAUCUCAUGAGUUAAAUUAUAACAGUAUAAGAACGUUAGGUGAUAAUAAUAAAAUAUCACCAUAUGAAUUAGAUAUAUAUGAGAAAGAAUUAUUUCAUUUAUAUAGAAGAAGAGCAGCAUCUCAGGAUGUAAUGAAUAAAAAAUCAUUUGUUAUGAAAAAACGUAUACGUAGUAGUUAUAAAGUUGGUAGUAGCAAUAAAUAUCAUAAGAAAAAUUAUACAGAUAAUGAAAAGGAUAAGAAAAAAUAUGGUAGUUAUAAAGAAAAGCAUAUAAAUGAAAAAAUGUUUGAUAAAAAAGAAUUUCUAAACUUUUUAACUAAUUUUAAUAAGAAGUUUAUGAAGAAAAAUUCUUUGGUGGAUCAUUUAAUAAAGAUGAAUGAUAAGACAGAAGAUAAUUAUGAUGGUUAUAAUAGUAGUGGUAGUAAAUAUAAUAAUAUGAAUGAUGAUGACGAAAUGUGGGGUACUAAAAGGUAUACUAAUAAUAAAAAUAAUAAUAGUGAUUAUGACAAUAAUAAUAAUAUGAAAAAUAAAAAAUAUUCAAAUAAGAAAUAUAAUAAUAAUAAUAAUAAUAACAAUAUUGAAGAUAAUAACAAAUAUGUAGAUGAUAGGAAAUAUCGAAAUAAAAGUAUAAAAGAAGAUAAAGAUUAUACAAAUGAUUAUUAUAAUAUACAAUCGAAUAAUAAUAAAAUAAAUAACAAUCAAAUGAAAAAUAAAAUAGAUACUAUUAGAAAUAAUAGUCAUGAUAAAUUAGGUAAUAAUAAAAGUUCAAGUGCUAGGAAUUUGUCUUUAAUACAAACAUCUCAUAUACCAUAUGAUGCUCCAUUAGCAGAUUUUUUAGAAAAUGGAAGAUUUUUAAGAACGUUCGAAAAUAUUUCUUUAAUAGGGCAAGGAGGAUUUGGUUCUGUUUAUAAAGUAUCCCAUCGAUUAGAACCUGGAUCUCCAACAUAUGCAGUUAAAUUUAUUUAUUUAAAAGUAAGUUCAUUAGAUAAUGUAAGUUCAAGAAGAUAUUUUCGUGAAAUCGCAGCUAAUAGAGAUAUAUAUAGUAAGCAUGUUGUUCGUUAUUAUACAUGGUGGUGUGAAGAACCUCAAUUUUUGCCUAUGCACCUCAUGCCAAAAGAAAUUCAAAACUUAGUAAAAAAGAAUAAAGAUACGUUUAAAAAAAAGCUUACUAAAAAUAAAAAGCAUAAUAACAAUAAUAUAAGUGAUAAUAAUAAUAAUAAUAAUAAUGAUAAUAAUAGUAGUUGUUAUAGUGUUAGUAGUUAUAAUUCUAGUAUUAAUAGUAAUUAUAAGAAUAUGAAAUUAUGGAUAAACAAGAAAGAAAAUUGUACUGAUAUGAAAAAAUAUAAAGAUGUUAUCAAAAAGAAUAAUGCACCUAAUUUAAUUUUUUAUAGUGAUAAUGAUGGAUUAACAUCUAAGAAUAAGGAAAAUCCUGAGAAAAAGCAAAAUCCAUUUUUGAGUGAUAAAAAUUUUUCGGAUUCUAUAUAUAAAAAGAAAAAAAGUCACGAUUAUAAUUCAGCUAGGCAUAAACUGAAAAAGAAAAAAAACAAGAAAAAAAAAAGUAAAAAAAAAAGAAAAAGUAAAAUAAAAACAAAUGCUCAAGGAAUAUAUGAGGAAAGUGGACAAGAUGAUGGAAGAGUUCAUUUUCAAUAUAAAACAGGAAAGGAACAUUUGUCGAAAUUUAUAGGAAAACAUAAUUCAAUGGGAUUUACACAAAGUUUUCAAGAAUAUGAUCCUUUUGAUAAUGGUUAUUUGAGUGAAGAAGAUAGAGAUCUUAUAGUCUUUGCUGAUAAUGAAGAAACAAAUGAAAAUGCUAAUAAUAUGAAUAAUGAAAAUAUGGAUUUAAAAAAUGACAACGAAAAUAAUGUUGUAAAUGAUGUAUAUGAAUGUGAUGAAGAUAAAAACAAAGAUGAUAAUUUAUUAAUCAAAGAAAAAGUUAAUAGUUUAACAAGAAAGGAUAUUGUUCAUAUUGAGAAUGAGAAACCAGUUCUUCAUGCUAUUAAUAAUAUUAAAAAUAAAAAGGUUGAUUUAAAUGGAGAAUUAACUUAUUAUGAUUAUAUGGGGAAAAAUGAAAUAAUACCAAAUUCUCGAACCGAAACGAAUGUUGAAAGUUUUCAUACUAAUGAUAUGUUGAAUCCUAAAAUUUCUGUUAUGAAUGAAGAAGGAGGAGAAUAUAAGAAAAAAGAAAACAGGACCUGGGGAGAUACAAAAAGUGAUGGUUUAUAUGAAAAUGGAAAAGAUGAAAAGAAUGAUUUAGGUAUUAAUAAAUGUAUAACAAAUAAAUAUAUUGAAAAUGACGAUAAUAAUAAUAAUAAUAAUAUAGAUGAAAAUAAAAAAGAUAUAAAAAAAAAAAAAGUGAGUACUAAAGGUAAUGAAAAUUUGUUAGCAAUAAAUGAUAUAAAUAAUAAAGAGAAAAGAAAGAAGGAUGAUGAUAUAAAUAAAAAUAUGGAAAAAAUAAAAUCAUAUAAAAAGAAAACAGCAGUUCCUGAAUUUUCUAUAGUAUUAUUAUUACAGAUGGAAUUAUGUAAAGGAUAUACAUUACGUAAAUGGUUAGAUAGAUCUAGUCGAAGUGACAAACCUUUACAUUUUACUUAUGGUGAUAAAAAAAUGAAUCAUCCAUUAGAAUUUGAUUUAUUUAAGCAAUUAAUUAAGGGUCUUAAAGAUAUUCAUGCUACAUGUUUUAUUCAUAGGGAUUUAAAACCUGAAAAUAUUUUUGUAGAUCCUGAUACGUAUACAUUAAAAAUUGGAGAUUUAGGAUUAGUACGAUUUAUUGAAGAGAAAAAAAGAGAAAAGGAUUUUAACAAUAUUGAUUGUUAUAAGGAUAAUAUAUAUACAGAUAUUAAUCAAAAUGCAAUAACUAGCCAAAUUUCUAUAAAAGGACAAAUUAUAGGAACACCUGGUUAUACAGCUCCUGAAGGUGGAGCUUUAUGUGAUGAAAAAGCGGAUAUAUAUAGUGCAGCCUUAAUAUUAUUAGAAUUAUUAUGUCCACGUUUUACAACAAUUAUGGAAAGAUAUAAAAGAUUAAAUGAUUUCAGAAAUUAUUAUACAGUACCUGAUUAUGUAAAAAUUCAUUUAAAUCCUUGGUAUAUUUUAAUGUUACAAAUGUCAAAACCCAAUCCAGCUGAUAGACCAUCAGCUGCUGAUUUGUAUAGUAAAAUUAAAGUAUUGCUAGAUCCACAUUUGACUGAUUUUGCAUUUAGUUUUAACGAUAUUCAUAAUGAGCAUAUGAACAAACAGCCUCAGACAACUAAUCACUUUGAAAGAACGUCGGACAAUAAGGAAAAAUUUAUAAUGCAAAGUGGGGAGAUGAUAAAUAAAGUAGAAAAUGAAGAAAAGCUACCUAUUAUAAAAGUAAUAAAUGACAAUGUGGAGAAUGUAAAAAAUGAGAAUAAUGGUGCAGACAAGUUGUGA